GCAUGUGCUGAAGAAAACAUGCGAGCAAAACAAAAACGAUUUCAACAAAAUUGUGUAAGAUUGUAAAAAAAAUAUUUUCUUUAGUCAGUAGUUUCCUGCUUUAAAAUUACAUAAAAAAUGACACAAACUUUUAUAACCAGGAUAACACCUUGUAUGUUAAAAAUGAGGAACAUUCUAUCCCAACAUCGAACCGUUAGAUCCUUCAGUGCUACCAACAUGCCUCUCAAGAAAACGCAAGCAACCCCAAAGAAUGAGGAAGUAAACGAAGCUAAAGACGAACCAAUUAAAUAUUUCAAUACCGCUGCCUCACGAUGGAAGGCCGAACAAACCAGGAGUGGUCGAGUCAAGCUGGACAUGCCUUGGUAUCAACCGCACGUAGUCAAUCUUAGUGUAGUCAUUUUUCUGGUUUAUUUCUGCAUUUUACGCGAAGAGAACGAUAUCGAUCGAGGAUUGGAAAGCACCCUUUUUGAUCAUAUUCCUGGGCUUGAGCAGAAACAGCUACUGGUGAACUAUAACUACAAUCUGGAGCAUGGAUUGUCCACUGUUGAAGUGGAGAAAAGAAUGAAAGAGUUGGGAAUGGAGUAUUGAAAACAGAAUAAAGUUAUUUAGUCAACAUUGUGGA